CAACUUUAUCUAUACAAAAACGAAGCAAUCUAGGGGAGAGGGAGGCAUUCCAAUCUGAAAAUGCAAAUUCUUCAAACCUCUUCUUUGUUCUUCACAUUCCCAUCUUCUAAAACCCUCCUUAAACCCCAAUCUUCAAAAUUCAAUUCUUUUUCUUUCUUCCCCUGUUCUUUAUCCAAGCCUUCCCGACCUCUUACACUUAACUGUUUCAGUUCAGAUGAAUUCCCAGUAGGUGAUGACGACGCAUUCCUUGAAGCAUUUGGGCCCAAAGAGAAAGAAUCAGAAGAAGAAGCUCGUCGCAAAAACUGGGUCGACCGUGGUUGGGCUCCAUGGGAAGAAAUCCUCUCACCUGAAGCUAAUUUCGCCCGAAAAUCACUUAACGAAGGUGAAGAAGUCGCCCUUCAAUCUCCUGAAGCUAUUGAAGCUUUUAAAAUGCUUAGCCCAAACUACCGAAAAAAGAAAAUUUCAGAAAUGGGUAUAACGGAAGAUGAGUAUUACGCUAAGCAAUUUGAGAUUAAAGGCGAAAUUCCUGAGCCUUUGAGUACUAUGUGGGCUGGGCCUUUAGUGGUUCGUCAUGUACCGCCUAGGGAUUGGCCGCCGAGGGGCUGGGAGGUUGAUAAGAAGGAAUUGGAGUUUGUUAGGGAAGCCCAUAAGUUGCAGUCAGUGAGAGUGGACUAUGAUAAAGUGGAGGAGAUGGUGAAAAUGGAAACUGAUGAUAUGGGGUUGGACCGGUAUAAGAUGUUCUUGAAGCAGUACAAUGAGUGGGUUGCUGCUAAUAAGGAUAGAUUGGAACAAGAAUCUUAUAAGUAUGACCAGGAUUAUUAUCCUGGGAGGAGAAAAAGGGGAAAGGAUUACCAAGAUGGAAUGUAUGAACUCCCGUUUUACUACCCAGGACAAAUUUGUGCAGGUAAGGUGACAGCUAUACAUCUUUAUCAAGGAGCAUUUGUUGACAUUGGAGGUGUUCAUGAUGGGUGGGUGCCAAUAAAGCGAAAUGACUGGUAUUGGAUCCGCCAUCACAUAAAAGUUGGUAUGCACGUCAUAGUUGAAAUUCUGGCUAAACGUGAUCCUUACAGGUUUCGGUUCCCUAUUGAGAUGCGCUUUAUUGAUCCUAACAUAGAUCACCUAAUCUUUAAUAGAUUUGAUUUUGCGCCUAUAUUUCACCGCGAUGAGGAUACAAAUCUAGAUGAAUUGCGCCGUGACUGUGGAAGACAACCUCUUCCUAGAAAAGACCCUGGAGUCCAAGUCGAAGAAGAACCAAUAUUAUCAAAUCACCCCUACGUGGACAAGUUAUGGCAGAUCCAUAAUGCUGAACAAAUGAUUCUGGAUGACAUGGAGGCAAAUCCUGCUAAAUAUAAAGGCAAAAACUUGACAGAGUUAACUGAUGAUGAAGAUUUUGAUGAAGAAAAUUGCAUUGAAUACUCCAAAGCUUAUUAUAAGAAAGCGUUGCUUCCUAAAAUGAUUACGAAAGUCAGUGUAAAAGAGCUUGACUUGGAAGCUGCAUUUGCUGAGCGUCAGCACCAUAAUAAACUAAGAAUGGAAGCACAAGAACGAGGAGAGGUGUACAAAAUUCCCAAGCUGAGACGAAACAUUGAAAUGGAUGAAUAUGACUUUAUCCAUUGGCGUCGGUCCCUUGAAGAAAGAGAGGCUCUGUUAAGAGAUAUAAGCUGUCGGCGAGCACUGGGGCUUCCACUGGAAGAGCCCGGUAGGUAUGUGGAUCCAAGUGCUUUUGGAAAGGAUCAGUAUGAUCCUGACAGUCCCUUGUAUAGAUAUGACUACUGGGGUGAGCCAAAGAACUCAGAGAAGAGCAAGCAGGAGCGAAUGACGGAUGCUCACAAUAAAUCUAUUGUUGGUAAAGGUACUGUUUGGUAUGAAAUGGCAUAUGAAGAUGCUGUCAAGGAGCGGAUGCAGAUGGAGGCCCAAGGAAUAGUGCGGGAAUUGUAUGAUGAGGAUUCUGACAGCGAUGAAGUUGGUACUGAUGAUGACGAUGAUGAUGAAGAAGACUUUGAUUACAGCAUCCUUGGCGACCCAAGUGCGAAUGUAUCCAACCAACCUUACGUCAAUGGGACUGAAUCUCGGCUAUCAGAUGAAGGAAUGUUUGAAGAUAAGUCAUAGAUAAGAGACUAAUAGCAGCAACACUGUAUUGGUAGCUUGUACAGAGCUAGGGACAUUAUCAAGACGAAGGCAAUAAGUGGGCUUACUCAUUCUUACUGAAAAACGGGGCUGUGAAAUUUGUUGUAAUCUUCAAGAAUGUACUUGUUGCCAUCAAUAGAAAAGCAAACAAUAUUGUGUUCAGUUA